GUUUUCUUUCCCAUCGCAGCAGCAGCUCUGGCUCUCCUAACUGUUUUCCCCAGCGUCUGUUACCUCUCUCGUUCCUCCCCUAUUCCACAUCUGGAUUCCAGGCCCACAUUUAUUUAUGGGACUUGAGUUGUUUUUAAGGAGUUUAAAGUUCUUGACCAUGUACCGUUGGCAGCUGGGCUGGAUCCGAUGAAGUCUACAAUUACAUUUUACCAUACCCGGUCACUCUGCAAUUACAUGUUUGACCGCAGAAUGUCUUGAAAAGCACAACCCUGCCGCUCAUAUGGCAGACAGAAAUAGACGGGUUUCGUGUCUGGUUGGACUUUUGCCCGGCAGAAACUAUGCUGCUUGACUGACGAAGAGAUGUGGGCUCAGCUCAUUUCAGGCUACAGCCGUGUCUAGCACGUUCCAGAUCCACCGUGAACAUCGCACAGUGGACACUCUCAAGACCAAAUGUGCUGUCUUACUGAAUGAAACGCGCAAGCUUUGAGAAACUGAUCAACUGAUCAACUGCCCUGGUGUUAUGUUGAAGUAAGGAGUACGCAGUCAGAAUGGCGACCCCACAGAGUUCCAGACAGAGCAGCUAUUCUUCAAUCUCUGGAAAGAUCAGGAUGCAUGCUAUACAGGUGGACUCGGUCCAGCGCUGGAUGGAAGACCUACGGCACAUGACGGAGGUGGAGUGCAUGUGUGUUCUGCAGUCUAAACCCAUCGGCGUGGAUGAAGAUGCUCCAGGUGAGCUCAUCGUAUCUGGGGCGGGGGCCAUUGGUCAGCACGUCACUCGUGAUAACUUGCAGACACUGCUGAAGAGGGCACUGGUGGUCAGCACAGAGCUGGGGAAGAUGUUCCAGCGGCUGGAGAAAGGCCGCUGGCAGCGAGUCCACAGCACAGCUGUCAGGGUCAACUGUCAUGUGCGCUCGCUCAUCCAAGAGUACAGCACGGCCAGAAACGCCCCACCAGAAAUGCAGAAGUAUGAGAAAUCAUUGCUGGAUAAGUGCAUGGAGCUGAAUGUCAUUACUGAGAGGUGUCUUCAUACUGAGGAUGAAUACUUCCUCAAAUCUAUGAAGGAGGCCAUUCACGAGAUCCUUACUGAUGUCAGUGACUCCUUUAGCCAUAUGAUUGACAUGGCUCUGGCCAAUGAGAUACAGAUUUUGAUUCGUCAGAUUGAGGAUUCUGAUAAUGUUUUUGCCAUCAGUACUGCCAUCAGUAACUUGCUGUCUUUAACUCAGGAUGGGCCGCAGCUCUGCAGCAUCAUUGCUAAGGAGGGAGCUGUGGUGGCCCUUCUUAAGAUCUGCAGACAGGACUGCUUCAGUACUCUGUAUGCACAGGCAUUGAGGACUGUGGCUUCUAUCUGCUGUGUUGAAGAGGGCAUCGGCCAGCUGGAAAAGGUGGAUGGGAUCCUGUUUCUGGCAGACAUCUUAACAGACAGCACAUGUGCAGAGGGGACUCGAGCGGAGGCUGCGGCUGUGAUGGCUCAGAUCACCUCCCCCCAUCACACCUCCACACAACACCUCGGCAGCUUCCUUGAGAGUAUGCAAGACAUUGUCACAGCCCUUAUCAAUCUGUGUAAGAGUGCUUCCUGUGGUGAAGUGUUUCUGUUGGCCUCAGCAGCUCUGGCCAACAUCACAUUCUUUGAUAGCAUGGCAUGUGAAAUUCUCCUGCAGCUCAAUGCUGUCCACACCCUGCUACAGGCCUGCAGAGACCGCCAACGAGUCGACACGCCAUACUCCAAAGACCAGGUUGUAACAAUUCUUGCAAAUCUGUCUGUUCUGGAGCAGUGCACUGCAGAUGUUCUGGAGGAGAAGGGUGUUGAGCAGCUGUUGGUGUUGCUGAAUGAGAAGCCAUCAUCUUCCAGUUCGUCUGAGAGUGCAGCAUGCGAGCGAGUUCAACAGAAAGCUGCCGUCACACUGGCUCGUCUCAGCAGAGACCCGCUGGUUGCCCAGACAGCCAUACAGCUCAAGGCUGUUCCUCGUCUCAUUGAGUUGUGUCGGUCACCAGGGGAAAGGAACAACAGUGAUUCAGUGCUUGUGGCCUGUCUGGCUGCUUUGAGGAGGCUUGCGGCUGAAUGUCCAGACAGUAUUGGGCCCAGUGACCAUCAACAGCUGAUUAAGCCCAGACUCGUCGACUCUUUCUUGUUGUGCUCCAACAUGGAGGAAAGCUUUGUCUGAGAGUCUCUCUGAACUAAAAUGGGAAAAGAACAUUUUUGUGCAAUUUUUGCUAUAUUUAUUUGUUACCAACACAAACCACAAUGGCUGAUGUGUAUGUUUUUGUAUACAAUAUCCAGCCAUCUGGUCAAGAACAUUAAUCAUGCAUGACAGAAAUUUUAAAAAGGCAUAAGCUUUCCUAAGGCCUAAGAAAAUCAUAGUACGGAAGUAUCAACAAAAUUAAAACUCAUAUUCAGCUGCAAUUGUGCUUGAAGAACAGCCUAUAUAAUGCUGAACACUAUUUAAGUAAUCUAGCAAAAGCAUGUCUUGAAUAAACCAAAACCACUAAA